AUUGGUCAAUUCGAACAUCACCGGGAAUUACGAAGUCGUCCGUGUUGGUUAAGCUUUUUGUUGCACUUUUAAGUCGUAAAUUAAAGAAUUUUUAGAACUUAUUCUAAAAUAUAAGUGUCCGAAAAGUGUUAAGUAUUGCUUAGAUCAUCAGGUUGGUGUCGAAAUGGAUGAUACGUUGGGUCACAAAUGGGAUUUUCUAGCUCCACAAUUCGUCGAUUUCUCAAAGCCUGACGAUAGUUUUGAUGGCGACGCGGAGGAGUAUUUCAAUUUUGAUCAUGAAAAUAACAUACCAUUGGAUAUUGAGGAAUCUACGAAUGCUGCUGCUACGAAAACACAAAUACCGUCAUCAGGAGAUGAUACCCAAAAUUUUAAAGAAGAGUUGAAACCAAUAUGUGAUGGAUCAAGUAAUUCACCACAUAAGAUGGAGUCCUCAGAUGUUGAAAUGAAGACAUCACCACUGAGAAUAACUAAGCCUUCGGUUCACUUGUCUUCAGGCAGUGAUUCCCAAGAAGAUGGCAAGGCGGAACAUGAAGCCUCAUCACUACAAGUACACACUGUGGCUCCAAAUCCACCAGUAUUCAGAAACGAAGACAUACCAGCCCCACCAAAGAUCACCCAGCACGAAGACAGUGAGGGCGAUACAAGUGCUAUGGAAACUGAAGACUCGCCAAAUGAGGCCUCUACUGCUGUAGCACCGGCAGCUGUAGCCCCGGCUACUGAAGCCCCGGCAACUAAAACACCUGUAGCAGUUAUAGCCCCUCUAGUGUUUGUAGCCCCUGAAGCAGAUGAUGCCCCUGUAGUUGAAUCCCCUAAGGCAGAAGCCCCUGCAGGUGAAGCCAAACUCAUUUCAUUACCAGCAUUUAAUGCAGAUGCACUUACAAAGGUAGCAAGUCCUGAGAUUCAAGCUAGCCCCGUGAAAGUCAAAAGUCCAGUGGCCCAAAGCAUAGAAGCAGAAGUGUCUGUUGAAAACCCACGAAAGCCUGCAAAUCUUGUUACAAGUUGGACCACAAGCUCUGAAACAAAAUGUGUUAAGAAACCAGAAAGCACAGUGGCUGAAAUUAAACAAACAGAAGCACCUGUUGACAAGCUAUGCAAGCCUGCGAACAUUGUGACUAGUUGGGGCACAUGUUCCAACGCAAAAACAGCUUCCAAACCGGCCACUCCAGUGUCAGAAACAACAAAAAAGAGAAGAGGUAGUGAGGGCCAAGUUGAUAACCAUCGAGUAACGCGCAGUAUGAACAAGCUAAGGCGCUCUGUACGGUUGAACCCUCGGCGAUCAAAUCCAGUUACACCAACACCAAGCACCAUUCAGACGCCAUCUAGCAAACGACGGCGAACAGAUUUGACAAUCACAACAAAAUCAAAACCUUCCGGCAUACACAAAUUAGUUAUGCCCCAGACACCGACUUUUAUGAAACGAAAGAUGCAUUUCACUGGCGAGAAGGCAAAAAAGACGGAGGAAUUGGAAUUAGAGAAGAUUAAUGAGUUCCAGAAGCAGAUGGCCAAAACAAGAAAAAUGGCAGAGGAAUCAUACAAAAAGUUACAGGUUUCAACUAAUUACGUACCUGUCCGAUCCCAGCAACCAAUCACACGGCCCAAGGAAUUUGAAUUUUCCACUGAUGCUAGAAUCACUAAGACAGGUCCAGCUGUUCCACGUUCUGUGUCUGAGGAAGAUUUCUUCUCUUCUCUGAGAAAACACACACAGCCACAGAAGCAAUCAAAGGGGCCUACAAAACCACAGCCAUUUAACUUCCAAAACCAACAUAAAUCAGAUCACUUUGAGCAGCCUAGCAUUCCAAAACGUUUCCAAUCCAUGGCGGAGCAGGUGGCUGCAUUUCAAGUACGGACUCCUGAAAGAUUCCAGAGUUGGAAACGUCGACAGCAAAACAAAGGACCCGCACAACCUGUUGUUGCACCCAAGUUAACAUGUCCAAAGACACCAGCCCUUGAAACAAGAAAGAGGAAACGGCCAUCCACUGUAGUGAGUGCAAAGGAUAAGGAAGAUAAAGAAGUUGAAGACAUGAAGACGGGAUUACCAGAAGCAAAACCAAAUGUAUUAACUUGUCCGAAGUCACCGGCCUUUGCACUGAAGAACAGGAAAAGGCUCCACGAAAAUGACACAAAACCGGAAGAAGAAAAGCCUGUGGUAAAAGCACGCCCAGCCCCGCAUGUCGGUGUUCCAUUCGCACCAAACUUGCAACACAAGACCACCGAACCUCAGCCGUUCUCAUUUGCGUCAAGGGAUGAAGCAACUGUUUUGAAAAAAGAAGAAAAAAUACAGCAGUUGUUCAAAGAAGAACAGAAGCUGCGAGAAUUUAAGGCCCAGUUAAUGCCAAUUCUGGACACAGUGUCAGGUGUGCCUGAAAAGAAAACCAAAAAAGGAACAGAAAUUAAACCGUUUGGUUUCCAUCAGGAAGAUGUCGGUGCCAAAAGAGCUCAGGACUGGAGCAAGAAGAUGGCAGAGGAAUUGGAAAAGGAAAGAAAUCAGACAUUCCACGCAAAGGAAGCAAACGUUCUUUACAGAAAACCAUUCAUUCCACAGAAAUCUGAUAAGCCGUUAACAGAGAUUAGCGAUUUUAUGCUGAACAGCGAGAAGCGAGCUGAACAACGCCAGCAAUACGAAACGCAGAAAAGGAUGCGAGAAAUAGAAAUCACGUUAGAGAAAGCAGAACUGGAGAGACAGAAUGCAUUACGGGAACAGAAAGAGGUCGCGCAGAUGCGUGCCGCUAUGGUUCCCAAAUCCAAUCCAAUACGCCAAUACAAACCAGUUGAGAUUGAGCAUAGUGAAAAACCGCUCACCCAACCAGUAACACCCAAAUUCAGUGACCGAUUGAGGAAUAGAACUAUCCUAUAACAGUGUGGGUAACAAUGUACAUAGUUUAUAGUCUGUAACAAUGGAUUUUAUUACAAUUUUUGUAUUUUUUAAUAAUUCAGCCACAUCAAUUUAGAUAUUUGGAUAAUGAGAAAAGAAAACAAUAGAUUACUACGUACUCUUAAGGCAGUAAGGGUAAUGUGUGUUCCUUGGGGAGUUAUUUUCAAGAUUGUUUGCAAACUUACUGACAUAACAUAACAUUUUCUUUUUAUUAACCAAUAUUUGAAGUGGCGUGGGUAAAGGAAUUGUCAUGUUGUUAGUUUUGGCAUUGUAUUUAAAAGAUGACUGCUGAUUUUAUCCAUUAUAAAUAGAUAGGUAGUGAUAUAACGUGGACAGCAUUUAUUCAACCAUGUCCCCAUCUUUAUUAUGACCUUAAACAUAAAUUAAAAUUGUGGCGAAUCAUGCUGUGAUUUUUAUGAUAUACUGUAGUUACCUUAAGUUACAUUUUCUGCCAUCCUCCAUUUAAGUAAAAACGUCUGUGCGAUAAUACUUACGAAGAAGCAAUGUGUCUAAAAAUACAAUGAAACAUAUGUUUACUGUAGCUUGACGAAUAUACACCAGACUGUUUAGUAUUUUAUGGGUAGUUAUCAUAUAAACAGUUUUUGGGAAAAGACAUUGAUCUUAUUAGGUUAGUUAAUGUACAGUGUAUUUGUUUUUAAAUAGUGUGAUUUUGUUUUGUAUUUAAACACUUCGAUUUUUGAUUUGAAAAUGUUCAAAUUUAAAUGAUGUACACUUUCAGGAGGUUUAAUGCCUAUUUGAUAAAUUUUACUUUAUUCAUUAUUUAAUGUUAAUUAUUUUGAUAUAUUUCUGUACUAUUACUAUGAAAUUAUCUGAAUGAACAUUUUCACUGCUCUACAUACAUUUGUUUUUGGUCUUUAGAUAAGAUAUACAGAAUUUAUAUAAACAUUUGAAAGUUUAUGUAAUCUUAAUGUAUUUUGUUCAAAAUAACAUUUAAAUGUAUGUUUUUGUACAGAAUUAAUGCAGACAUUUAAAUGUAAGAUAUACAGAAUUGAUAUAAACAUUUAAAAGUUUAUUACAGACUGAAUUUAAUACAGGACUUGGUUAUGUAAGAUCUUUGUUGAAAAAACCCAAUGAAUGGGAGGAUUUGAUAACAUGUAGUACAAUAAUUGUUCUGGCUUGUCAAGUUUUUCAAGUACUUUAGUCGAGCCAUCUGAUGGUUUAAUCUUGUCUGUAAAUAAAACAAAUACUGUUA